CCAUCCCCUCCCCGUGGGAUUUCUUCCCGCCUCAGACGUCGGUUGUCUCUCCCGGACCUAUAUACUUCCUAAAUCCGGCGGGGGCGACCCUAGGGAUUCGCUCACCGCGCUGUGGGGAGUUCCUGGGGCGCCACCUGGGGAAAUCACCCGUACCUCUCUUCCCCGGCCGGCGGGGACGUGGGGAACACCGAUUUCGAAUGCGGGACUAUGGCAAAGGGUUAUAAUGGGCAGCAGUGCGCGUACAGGCUCUCUUCGCCUGCCUCUCGCGACAGCGUCACCUUCCCCCUGCACGCCCGCGCACGAACCCAUCGACCCGACCAUUCGCGUUCAUUUGUCCACAUUCACGCAGUCCACCAAGGUCACAUAAAUCGACAACAUGGGUAAACCCGAGCAGGAAUGGCGGGAGGAGUUCGUCGGCGUGGUAGAGGAGUACGCGUCCGGCUCAGAGGCUGAGAAGAAACUGGUUAGGAAGAUCGACUUCCGUAUUGUCCCUACGAUUUGGGUUCUCUACACGCUCAGUUACUUGGACCGCGCAAAUAUCGGCAAUGCGAAGUCGGGAGGGAUGGAGGAGGCGCUGCACUUGACAGAUACGCAGUACUCCAUUGUCCUGCUCAUUUUCUUCGUUUCCUACGUUAUCUUUGAGGUCCCUGCCAACAUGCUUCUCAGUCGCGUUCGUCCCUCUAUCUUCCUGUCCACUCUAUGCUUGGUAUGGGGUGGCAUCGCCGCUUCAAUGGGCGCCGUCCACAACUGGCAGGCCCUCGCCGGUGUGCGCUUCGCCCUCGGCGUAAUGGAGGCUGGCUUCGCACCAGGAGUCGCUUUCUACCUCUCUUCGUGGUACAAGCGCCACGAACUCGCUAAGCGAUACUCCAUUUAUUACACUGCGACUGCUGUCUCCGGUGCAUUCUCUGGACUGCUUGCAGGCGUUAUUACGGACCACCUGGACGGCGCAAGAGGCUUAGACGGCUGGAGAUGGCUUCUGAUCAUCGAGGGUGUCGGCUCUAGCUUCGUCGCCGUCUUCGCCUGGAUGUUCCUUCCGGACUGGCCUUCGACGACGAAGUGGAUGACCGAAGAGGAAAAGUUCAUCGCUGUGCAGCGCUUGGCGGCAGACGGCAUCGGUAACGCGGGUACGACCAAGGACCAGCCGACGCACAAGCAGGCUGCGCUCAUGGCCGUCCGCGACUGGCGCACCUGGGUUCUCGCCGUCAUGUACAUGCUCGCCACCGGCUCGCAAACCAUCCAAUACUUCAUCCCCACCCUCGUCGGCCAGAUGGGCUACCAGGGCUACACCCUCCAGUUCAUGACCAUCCCCGUCUACGUCGUCGCCCUCGUCUGCAUCCUCACCUUCUGCUUCCUCUCCGACAUCUACCGCGACCGCGCGAACUUCAUCACCGCCGCGAGCAUGAUGGCGGGCGUCGCGUUCAUCAUCACGGUCGCAGUUGACAAUCACAAAGUGAAGUACGCGUUCUUGUGCUUCGGGGUGGGUGGUGUGUAUGCGGCAUGCCCGUUGUCGCUGCUGUGGGUCUCGGGAAUCAUUGACCAUCCAGCGGAGAAGCGCGCUGUGUCUAUCGCGUUCGUCAACGCCCUCGGGAACAGCGCCUCGAUCUACGGCUCCUUCCUCUGGCCGUCAACGACAGGACCGCGCUACAUCCAGGGCUUUGCCACCACGACCGCCUUCGUCUUCGCCCUCGCUGUCCUCGCUCAGAUCAACAAGUUCCUGGUCCACAGAUAUCCGGGCGAGUCCCUCGCAGCCUCCGAGGCUGCUGACGCGCGGAAUACCAGCGAGAAGGUCGAGGAAGUGUAGGUGUGGGAUGGCUUUGAAGAGGUUCAGGAUGUAUGGCAGUCCAGGCAAGCCCAUGUCAUGAGCUUCGUGUACGAUUAGCCUCGGUUGUUGUUCAGAAUUUGUACGAUAGUAACGUUUGUUGUCAACGCAGUUUGGGGGAUGUUC